UAGGAAUUACUCUUUUACAAAUUUUCACCCUCCAUUUUUUCUCCAUCAUCCACUGUGCACGUUGAUGGUGAUAAGAUAAGCCACAAAAACACACGCUCGUACUCUCCUCCACUCUUCCACCACCACCAUGGAAACCACCAGUCUCCUCUCCUUUCCCUCCUCCAAACCUCCUCCUACCCGAACCCAUUUUCGGCCCGCAAACCCAUUUUCCUUUUCCUUCCCCACAACCCACAAAACCUCCAUUUCACACAGACCCAUUAACAUCAAAUCCGCAAUUUCCCGCACAAAAAAGGAAGAAACAGUGGAAACAGUCAAAACCCAGCUCGAAAAUUGCUACCUCUUAGCAGCUAUAAAAUACACAGGCUUCACAGUCAAACAAUUUCAAGACUUGAGAAGAUCAUUACCUGAAUCAUCAAAAAUCAUUGUUGCUAAAAACACUUUGGUGUAUAAGGCCAUUGAAAAUACGCCAUGGGAAGCUUUAAAACCUUGUAUGACAGGAAUGAAUGCUUGGCUUUUUGUGCAUAGUGAGGAAAUUCCUGAAGCUUUAAAGCCUUAUAGGGAUUUUCAAAAAGAAAAGAAGUUAGAGAAUGAUUUUACCGGGGCUGUUUUUGAAGGAAAGUUUUACGGGCCUGGUGAUUUUAAGCAACUUGAAACAAUGCCGUCCAGAGCUGAGAUUUAUGCUAAGAUUUUGGGGGCUUUACAGGGUCCUGCUAUUGGAUUGGUGGGUACUUUACAGGCGCCGGCGAGGGAUGUUGUUAUGGUUUUGAAGGCUUAUGUGCAGAAGUUGGAGGAGGAGAGUAGUGGACAAUAGUGGAGAUGCAAUGUAAUGCGAUGUAAGUGUAUUGUUUAAAAGCUCCCCAUUUUGUUGUUCUUGAAUUUAUGUAGCGAAAUUAAUGGUUAAUUUUAUAUUUUUUUGGAUACGAAAAUGCGAAUGAUGUUAUUUUGAAUACGAAAGUGGUGAAUGGAGUUGUAGAAUUUGUAAAAUUGGAACCUUGAUAGUUGUCUUGAAGUUUAGUUCAAGAUUGCUAUUUUCUUGUGGUUUUAUUUUAAUGAAUUUGUAUUAGGGGAAAUUCUAGCAA